AUGUCACCUGCAGAAGAAGAGAGCAGCUUAUCUUUUCCAGAGAGAUGGCCCCGAGCCAGCAAAUUCGCUCUGUCAGCCUGUGCAGCGGCUGUGGCAGAACUAGUGACAUUUCCUCUGGAUCUCACGAAAACCCGGCUGCAGGUCCAAGGUGAAGCUGCGGCCGGGCCGGCGGUCCCGUACCGCGGGAUGCUGCGCACGGCGGCUGGAAUUGCACAGGAGGAGGGGGUGUGGAAGCUCUGGCAAGGAGCCACGCCGGCCGUCUACCGCCACAUAGUGUACACUGGUGUCCGGAUGGUUACUUACGAACAUCUCCGUGACUCCGUGCUUGGCAGGGCAGAGGGUGAAAGCUUUCCUCUCUGGAAAGCUGUGGUUGGAGGCGUAUCUGCAGGUGCCAUUGGACAGUUUUUUGCCAGCCCAACUGAUCUGGUGAAGGUGCAGAUGCAGAUGGAGGGGAAAAGGAAGUUGGAAGGAAAGCCAUUACGGUUUCGGGGUGUGCACCACGCAUUUCUGAAGAUCCUGUCUGAAGGAGGAGUAAGGGGACUUUGGGCUGGAUGGGUACCAAAUGUCCAGAGAGCUGCUCUGGUGAAUAUGGGAGAUCUGACGACUUACGACACAGUGAAACACUUCUUGCUUCUGAACACGACACUUGUGGACAACAGUGUGACUCACAGUGUCAGCAGUGUCUGCUCUGGGCUGGUAGCAGCUGUGCUGGGAACUCCUGCUGAUGUGGUCAAAACCCGGAUAAUGAACCAGCCAAGAGAUAAGCAGGGAAGAGGUCUGCUCUAUAAAUCUUCCAUGGACUGCUUGAUUCAGACUGUGCAGGGUGAAGGGUUAAUGUCUCUGUACAAAGGCUUUAUACCAACCUGGAUGCGAAUGGCACCCUGGUCACUGGUAUUCUGGCUUACAUAUGAACAAAUCAGAAGGCUGUGUGGAGUUACUUCUUUUUAAAACCUUCAGUAUUCACAGAGAAGAGCAGUCAAGCUGAAUUCUCAUUCCACAGGGUAGUAGGAUCACAUGCAUAGCUUGUUGCUCCAAAUCCAGUCCUUACUGGUUGGGAACAGCCAUGACUUGAGGAUACUAUUUGAUUGUCAGACUACAUGAAAUUUAUAUUAUCCACGGGAUAAAACUGUCCCAGCAAUACUUCAGCUACCAGCCAGCAUCAGCUUUCUGAACCAGAAAACAGGAAUAAAAAACAUUCUACCAAGCAAAUAGAACAUAAUACUGUCUGUUUGAUAAUGGAGAUGGUUUCUAUUGCUAAAAAACAAGAGCAGGUUGAUCAAUGCACUGAAUAAGUUCUGUGGCUAAACAUCUAUAAAAUUAUUUGUGAAUUUUUGUUGUUAAUUUGCACACAGAUCAAGAACUACCUCUCAUUAGUUUGAUAUGUCAGCAAACCAAACCUGUAGUGCUAGGUAUUAAAAAAGAUAAAAGCAGUUUGCCUGAUUCCAAAUCUGCUUUGCACAAAAAGUGGAAGGGUUUGUGUUUCUCUUACUUCCCAGAGACUGCCUGACCUCUCCACUCAACUCUUGAAGUAAGAUCAUGAUUGAAAUGCAGUCCUGUUCUCAGAAAAUCAAACGCCUGGUUUGUUCUGCAAUGCUCAAAGGUCUCAGGAUAUUCCAUAGGACCAAGGUGAGCUACUUGUCCUGUGACAAUCUCAGUGCUGAUGUGGCAGACUGGGUCAUUUUCCAUGGGAAUGUGCACUCUGCCCACUUUACAUCUCAAUGGAAAUACAGUGUUCUCUUCAAUAAUGCAAAAUGUU